UCACACUGCGCCUACACCCGCCAAAAUAAUAGAAAAUAAAUAAACUUAAUUUAAUAAGCAAGAAUAAUGGAAAAUAGUGAAGCUAAAGCAGAGAAGGAGGAUGAGGCCGAGGUGCCACCUCCCACCACCGCGACGUCGGGUCAGAUCAAGGCCAUUGCCAAGGAUACAGUGCACAAAAUCUGCUCGGGACAGGUGGUUCUCAGCUUGGCCGUGGCCGUCAAGGAGCUGGUGGAGAACUCCAUAGACGCGGGUGCCACGCUGGUGGAGAUCAAGCUGAAGGAUCAGGGUCUGCAGGGCCUGGAAGUCAGCGAUAAUGGCAGUGGCGUGGAGGAAGCGAAUCUGGAGGGCAUGACGGCGAAGUACCACACCUCGAAGAUCAGGGAGUUCGUGGACCUGCUGGGCGUGGAAACCUUUGGAUUUCGCGGAGAGGCCCUGAGUUCGCUUUGUGCCCUGUCGGAUAUGGUGAUCCAAACGCGUCACAAGUCCACGGAUGUGGGAAUCAAGGUGGAACUGGACCACGACGGCCGAAUCAAGAAGCGGUCUCCCUGUGCCCGUGGCGUUGGCACAACCGUCAGCCUGUCGAAUCUGUUUGCCACUCUGCCAGUUCGUCGCCGUGACUUCACCCGCAACAUCAAGAAGGAGUUCACCAAGAUGUGCCAGAUCUUGCAGGCCUAUUGUCUGGUCACCAAGGGUGUGCGCAUCCUGUGCAGCAACCAGACGCCCAAGGGCGCCAAAACUGUGGUGCUGCAAACGCACGGCAACCAGGAGGUGAUGGCCAAUAUAUCAGCCAUAUUUGGAGCUCGCCAGGCGGCGGAUCUGGUGCCCCUGAAGUCGCCUUUCGAGCAGGGGAAACUCAGCGAGGCGGGUCUGCGGGCAGAUCUCGAGUCUUCUGUGGACGCAGCCGACACAACUUGUGCGCAAAUCAGUGCCGAGGAUGUGGAGCGUCUAAAUCAAGCGGACUUCCAGCUGGAGGGCUUUAUAUCCAGCUGUCGACAUGGCGCUGGGCGUUCUAGCAGAGAUCGGCAGUUCUUUUUCGUCAACUCAAGACCCUGCGAUCCCAAAAAUAUAGCCAAGGUGAUGAACGAGGUUUACCAUCGGUAUAAUGUCCAGCAGCAGCCCUUCAUCUACCUCAAUAUUGUCACGGAGCGCUCCGACGUGGAUGUGAAUCUCACGCCCGACAAGCGUCAGCUGCUGAUCAACAACGAACGGAUACUCCUGCUGGCUCUUAAGAAAUCCCUGCUGGACACCUUUGGCCAGACACCAUCCACAUUUCGAAUGCAAAACACCACCAUUGUGAGCAUGCUGGAGCCCAAAAUAAAGUCUAAGGAAACUGAAUCUCCCAAAGAAAUUAGCAAGGAGGAUAAGGGUGAAGAGAAGACAGAUGAAGAUGUUCCCAUUAGUUCCUCGCAGAGGUUCAUGGACGUGCUCACCCAGUGGCGACGCACUGGCGAUACAAAAGGCACGGCGCCUUCGGUUCCUGUUAAGCGCCGAUGCAGUGAAACCGAGGAGUUGGCCACUCGAUCCUUAAAAAUGCAAAAGAUUCAAACUUUUCUCAGCCAAGAGUCGCCCAAGGAGGAGAAAUCGAAAUGCGAGUCAGGGUCUGAAGUAUGCAGUGAAACCGAGGAGAUGACCACUCGAUCCUUGAAAAUGCAAAAGAUUCACACUUUUCUCAGCCAAGAGUCGCCCAAGGAAGAGAACUCGAAAUGGGGGUCAGAGUCGGAAGGAACAGGUGACAUUGAGAAGGCAAAGGAAAGCAAGGAGCAGGGCGGCCUUGAUGAUAGUUUUCUUAACUUGAAAGAGAUGGCUAAGGAGUCCGCAGCCUAUGAUCUUCUGACGCAACCAGCUAGGAUUCCUCGCAUUGAUUGCAAGGUCCUGACACCGGCUAAAAGUCGACGUAGUAUUGCCGAGUUUAAAAUUGACACGAAGGCACUGCCAAAACAGGUGUCGCCGCCAGAAAUGAAAACAAAGGCACUAUCCAAACAGGAGUCGUCAGAAAUCAAAACAGAUCCUACUAGUUCUUCUCAUUUAUCCGAGGAAGCAGAUAUGGCCAGCGACGAGGAUGACCAUAUUGAGCUUCCCACAUGCAUUGAGUUUGAUGAAGAGGUAGAGGAGGAAGGACCUCCGGAAAAUUUCUCAAGCGGAGAAUUGAGCACGACGCUGGAGGAGAUAGCUUCUUCUUUAAAGGCCCAGGAGCAGCAGCAGAGGGAUCGCCGGGCCCGGGCCAAACUUCAGCGUCUGCGGUUCAAGACCGAAAUCAAACCCAACCAGAACAACAAGGCGGAGGCGGAAUUGCAGCGGGAAAUAGCGAAAGAGGACUUUGCCCGCAUGGAAAUCAUAGGACAGUUUAAUCUUGGCUUCAUCAUUGUCAAACUAGAGGAUGAUCUCUUUAUCGUGGAUCAGCAUGCCACUGACGAGAAGUAUAACUUUGAGACAUUGCAGCGCACCACUCAGUUGGAGUAUCAGCGCUUGACGGUGCCCCAGAAUCUAGACCUAACUGCGGUUAACGAGAUGGUGCUUAUAGACCACCUACCUGUCUUUGAGAAGAACGGAUUCAAGUUCGAGAUAAAUCACGAAGCUCCUGCCACGAAGAAGGUUCGUCUGUUGGGCAAGCCGCAUAGUAAACGGUGGGAAUUCGGCAAGGAGGACAUAGACGAACUCAUCUUCAUGCUGCAAGAUGCGCCUGAGGGCACCAUUUGUCGUCCAUCCAGGGUGCGGGCUAUGUUCGCUUCUCGAGCGUGCCGGAAGUCCGUGAUGAUUGGCACUGCUCUGAACAGAAACACAACGAUGAGGAGACUUAUUACGCAAAUGGGGGAAAUCGAACAGCCUUGGAACUGUCCACAUGGACGCCCCACCAUGCGCCAUCUCAUAAACGUCACCAUGCUUAAGGGCGCUGAGGAAGAUGAGGAGGAAGCACAUCCGGAUCAAACGUGGCCAGAAUAGAUGUAAGAAGUAGCAGUAUCAUUUAUUGUUGCAGUUUUAAUGUAUUUUAUUUAACUUUUCGUUGAGCCACUAAGUAUACGUCAUUGUUCUGUAAAUGCUUACUUGAUUAACGAUUAAACGACAGGAUCAGACUUACAACUAGAGACAAAUACAAAGGUUAUCACUUGAGUAUGUCUAACAAGCUA